AUGUUUCCUUUACAACGAUGCAAUGAACUGGCGAUCCCCUUAUCUAAUAGUCUCAACCACCACCCACAAAAUCACAAUAUCUCCGAAGAUCUGAUUCUUGAUGAUUGUGAUUCUCUUGUUUUUGAUUUUUCUAAUAAAAAAUUGUGUAGCAGCCGGUCACCAAAGAAAUUAUUUUAUACUCCAGCAGAUCAUACUACAAACCAUGGUAGUAAUCAUAAUUCUAUCAAAGAUAAUAAGAAGAAAAUGAUUCAUAAGGAGGUUGAGAAGCAAAGGAGACAAGAAAUGGCUACCCUUCAUGAUUCUCUUAGAUCCCUUCUCCCUCUUGAAUUCAUCAAGGGAAAACGUUCUAUAUCUGAUCAAAUGAAUACGGGAGUGAAUUAUAUAAACCACUUGAAGAAGAAUAUAAAAGAACUAACUGAAAAAAGGGAUGAACUAAAAAAACUGUAUAAUCUUUCAAGCCUCAAAAGCCAUGCAUCAUGUAGUUUCAGUAUCCAUAAGAAUAAUACUACUGUGGGAAUUGAAAUCACCACUAGAGAAGAAGGGGUACCACUAUCUAAGUUGCUGGAACAACUUCAGAAAGAGGGACUUGAUGUUGUUAGCUGCUUUUCAACUCAAGUCAAUGGAAGAUUACUCCAUAGUAUGCAGUGUGAGGUUAUUGAUUCCAAGAGUGUAGUGGAUCUAUCUGAGCUAAGAAGGAAAUUUUCCAAAAUGAAUCCAUCAUUUAGUUGUUGUUCUGGUUAA